CGGGGCUAGAGGUCAGAGUUGAAUGUUUGACAGAAAGCUGAAUAUGGAUUCCAUAUUUCACGAGAAACAAGAGGGCUCCCUCUGCGCCCAGCACUGCCUCAACAACCUUCUGCAGGGUGAGUAUUUUACUCCCGUAGAUCUGUCCUCUAUUGCUCAUCAGCUCGAUGAAGAGGAGAGGAUGAGGAUGGCGGAGGGAGGGAUGGCCAGUGAGGAGUACAGGACCUUUCUACAGCAACCCUCGGGGAACAUGGAUGACAGUGGCUUCUUUUCAAUACAAGUAAUUAGUAAUGCACUGCGAGUGUGGGGCUUGGAACUGAUCCUCUUCAACAGUCGGGAGUACCAGAGCCUGAUGAUAAAUCCAAUAAAUGAGAAAGCCUUCAUUUGCAACUACAAGGAGCACUGGUUUACUAUACGCAAGCUUGGACAACAGUGGUUUAACCUGAAUUCACUGCUGACUGGACCAGAAUUGAUAUCAGACACCUAUCUAGCCCUUUUCCUUGCGCAGUUACAACAAGAAGGCUAUUCCAUAUUUGUGAUCCGAGGUAACCUCCCAGAAUGUGAAGCAGAACAGAUUCUUGGGAUUAUGAGGGUGCAGCAGCAACAGCGGCCCAGGCUCAUCGGAGAGGACGAGGCUCAGACAAGUGCAGGCAGGUCAGCAGCUCUGGGCCAACCGGAGGUGGGCUUUGGUGUGGAGGACGAGGUCGUGGAUGAAGAUGAAGAACUGAAGAGAGCUCUGGCACUCAGCAGACAGGACAUAGACGUGGAAGAUGAAGAAGCUGAUCUUCGCAGGGCCAUACAGCUCAGCAUGCAAGGAGCAGUGAUGAGCAACAAGUCUUCUGAGUAUGAAGUGCGAAAUUUAAAAUCAGGGAGCCAGGCAGCAGGGAGCGCUGCAGGAGGUCAAAGAGUCGGUCAGGCUGAGACGCUUACGGCUGAGGAACUGAGGAAGAGAAGACAAGCCUACUUUGAUCGGCAGCAGCAACAUGCUCAGCCAAACAUUCCUCAACAACCAGGCACACAAUCAACAGGCGGCUCAGGAUCCGUAAACACUGGCGCUGAGGAGGACCAACAACAAAAGCCCAGCCAGUGAUGCUGUGGAAGGUUUGCCUAUGCUGUUUACCAGCUGCCUGGAUUGGCAACCCCACACAGGGGUAGCUUUGCUCCUUCCUCUAACCUUUUGCACAUGCGAACAUAAGGACAGUCAGACGGCUGACACGUUUCCCCUGUUUAGUUCGCUGACAGGCUAUAGAGAAGAGAACGACAAAGAGAAGGCAGCGCUUAGUCUGAUCUGACUCGGUGAGGCACUGAGGCUGGGAAAAGGGUGACCACAGGACUCAUGAUGCAGUUAAUCCAAGUUUGCAAUUGCCUUUUUACCAUGGCGCCUUCUAUUUCUAUUGUAUACUGUUUUUUAUUCUCGUUUUUUUGCUGGAAGACGUGAAAGAAAUAACAUACAAAAGGAUGUGUGUUUGUUUGGGCGUGAAAACAUGCUGAGACGGGCGUUCUGUGAAAGCCAUAUGAGACCAAUGUUUAGACCACAUUUUAAAGCUUUAUAGAUAAAUGACAUAGCCUCCUACCUUUGUACUGAAUUUGGGUUUGUAGAACAUUAAGUGACAAAAGCACCGACCCCACCAGAGCACUCUGUUGUGCUUUUGAAAAAAUUUUCUGUUGCCAUAUACUGAAGCAUCUUUCAGCCAGCAGCACGAACACGUAGGUUAUUUAUUCCCGACAUCGUCAAUCACUUUACUUGAACGUCUGCGAGUGAUCUCCCAGUUAUUUAGACAGCAGCAUAUUUUUGAUGUUGUGGCUUUGUAAUUACCUUUAAGUGCACAAGUAGGCAUAAUGAACUUUCUGAUUAGACCGCUGACAAACACAACUUAAGGAUGCUUUUUGGACGAACUGUGAGGUAAGAACAACAAAAGAAAGUGUAUAAAGCUGUUUGCUCAAUGUACGCUACUUGUCGCUGGUGGAUAUUGUUUUCAUAUCUUGUCCAAGUUUGGCAUGUAACGGGGAACAAAGAAGCAACUUGUAAACACCUUGAAACUGCAGCUGAUGGAUAUAAAAGCAUCAUUCAUUCAUUCUUUCUGCACAGUACGAUCACUGAAAACCAAAAAAAAGUCUGACGUGUCCGUGCAGCCUUUCUGGUAUCGACUUCAUCUGUUGUUGUUUCUCUUGAUCAGUAUUUGUCAUGAACCACGUAGGGACGGUAUUAUAAAGAGAAGAUUAAUAAAUGGUGACUCCCAUGUAGACAUCUCUUCACAAGCAGCUGUUACUUACUCUCGCAUGUUACAGCACCUGGAAUAUUUGUUUAUUUACACCGAUUGUGCUCCGAUUAUGCUCAGAGUAAUGUUGCACACGUUAGGAGAUAAACUGAUUUGCAUUGAGGGUUAAAGACGCGCAGGUCGACUGCUGACUGAUUUAAAUGAUUAUUUACAUUCUGAAUUUGUAUUUGAUUGAACAUCCAAAGAGAAAAAGAAAUUGGUCACCGAACUGUAUUGCAUUUACCUUUGACUUCUCUCACACCAGGUUCUGUUAAGUCCUUAAAACCAGACUUUCUUUUUUUUUUUUUUAGGUGACUAGACCACAUUACAUCACAGCACUAACACACUUAGCAUUUGUUUACAGUUAUUAUUCUGUUUUCUGGACCCAGUGACCAUUCAGCGUAGAUAAUAUCUUGUUGCCACCACAAGAAAAGUGUCAGAGGCGAUGCAAAGUUUCACUUAUUGUGCUGGAUGACUUUCAGGAAUUUAUUGUUUUGUGUCUUUUUUGGAUCUGCUAGUCUUUUUCGAUUUAAAACGCACUUGUGAAAGAGUGUAAAGUGUCGGUAGUUGGGUUUUUAUCAUUGCAUUAUUUUCAUCCACUGCAUUCUUAUGAGUACAAAUUCAUCUUUUUUUUUUUUUGUUAUAUUUCUUGUUAGCGCAGCACAUUCUUUUCAUUUAAUGUACUGGUUCAUGUUCCAGGAUUAAAGUGACAUUCACUCCUCUGAA